UUUUUUCCAGAGUUGGUUUUUUUUUUUUUUUUUUUUUAAUGGUUUUUGGAACUCCAAUGGGUGAUGAAAAGGAUUCUUGGAAAGUGAAAACCUUGGAUGAAAUCCUUCAGGAAAAGAAACGAAGGAAGGAGCAAGAAGAGAAAGCAGAGAUAAAGCGCAUGAAAAACUCGGAUGAUAGGGAUUCAAAGCGGGAUUCUCUUGAAGAGGGAGAGCUGAGAGAUCACCGCAUGGAGAUCACCAUCCGCAAUUCACCGUACCGCAGGGAGGACUCCAUGGAGGACAGAGGAGAAGAAGAUGAUUCAUUGGCUAUAAAACCACCACAACAAAUGUCACGGAAGGAAAAAACCCAUCAUAGAAAAGAUGAGAAGAGGAAAGAGAAACGGAGGCACCGCAGUCAUUCAGCAGAAGGGAAACAUGCCAGAGUGAAAGAGAAAGAACGGGAACACGAGCGUAGGAAGAGGCAUAGAGAAGAGCAGGAUAAGGCCCGACGUGAGUGGGAGAGGCAGAAACGGAGAGAAAUGGCAAGGGAGCAUUCCAGGAGGGAGAGAGAUCGCCUGGAGCAACUUGAGAGAGAACGAGAGAGAAAAAUCAGAGAGCAGCAGAAAGAACAAAGGGAGCAAAAAGAACGUGAAAGGAGAGCUGAAGAAAGGCGUAAGGAGCGGGAAGCCAGAAGAGAAGUUUCUGCACACCAUAGAACAGUGAGGGAAGAAUAUGGAGACAAAGUGAAAAUGAGACCCUGGAGUCGCAGCCCAUUACGACAGCAGAGAGACAAGCCUGAGCAAGCAGAUAGCAGGAAACCAGUGAAAGAAGAGAAACCAGAAGAGAGAGACCCGCUUUCAGAUCUGCAAGACAUCAGUGACAGCGAGAGAAAAACAAGCUCAGCUGAGUCUUCAUCAGCAGAGUCUGGGUCGGGCUCAGAAGAAGAGGAAGAAGAGUCAAGCAGUGAAGGAUCUGAGGAAGAGGGAGAAGAGGAGGAGGAGGAGGAGGAGGAGACAGGGAGCAAUUCUGAGGAGGUGUCGGAGCAGUCAGCUGAAGAGGUGAGCGAAGAAGAAAUGAGUGAAGAGGAAGAACGGGAGAAUGGAAACCACAUCCCAGUUGUUACAGAGUCGAGGUUUGAUCGUGAUUCAGCGGGCAGUGAGGUCGAGGAAGAGGAGGUGGGGGAGGGCAGCCCUCAGUCCAACGCGAUGACGGAAGGAGACUACGUUCCUGACUCACCUGCUUCUUCCCCUAUCGAACUGAAACAGGAGCUUCCUAAAUAUCUUCCUGCACUUCAGGGGUGUCGUAGUGUGGAGGAAUUUCAGUGUUUGAACAGGAUUGAAGAGGGAACUUACGGUGUGGUGUACAGAGCAAAAGACAAGAAGACAGAUGAAAUCGUGGCUCUGAAGCGACUGAAGAUGGAGAAGGAGAAGGAAGGCUUCCCCAUUACUUCUCUCAGAGAAAUAAAUACUAUUCUGAAAGCACAACACCUCAAUAUCGUCACUGUCAGAGAAAUCGUUGUAGGUAGUAAUAUGGAUAAAAUCUAUAUUGUUAUGAACUACGUAGAACAUGAUCUCAAGAGUCUGAUGGAAACAAUGAAGCAACCAUUUCUACCAGGUGAAGUGAAAACCUUGAUGAUUCAGUUACUACGAGGAGUCAAGCAUCUUCAUGACAACUGGAUACUUCACCGGGACUUGAAAACUUCCAACCUGCUGCUCAGUCAUUCGGGCAUUUUAAAGGUUGGAGAUUUUGGAUUGGCCCGAGAAUAUGGAUCUCCACUGAAGCCUUACACACCAGUGGUGGUCACACUUUGGUACAGGGCUCCGGAGUUGCUGCUUGGAGCCAAGGAAUAUUCAACAGCGAUAGACAUGUGGUCUGUAGGGUGUAUCUUUGGAGAGCUGUUAACUCAGAAACCGCUGUUUCCAGGGAAGUCAGAAAUUGAUCAGAUUAACAAAGUUUUUAAGGAUCUGGGAACUCCAAGUGAAAAAAUCUGGCCUGGUUACAAUGAGCUGCCAGCAGUAAAGAAGAUGACAUUCACAGAAUAUCCCUAUAACAAUCUACGCAAGAGAUUUGGAGCGCUCCUCUCUGAUCAGGGCUUUGAUCUGAUGAACAACUUUUUGACGUACUACCCAGCCAGAAGAAUUACUGCUGAAGAUGGUUUGAAGCACGAGUAUUUCCGAGAGACUCCCCUUCCUAUUGACCCCUCCAUGUUUCCUACAUGGCCAGCCAAAAGUGAACAACAAAGGGUGAAACGUGGCACCAGCCCCCGCCCACCCGAGGGAGGCCUUGGCUACAGUCAGUUGGGUGAUGAUGAUCUGAAGGACACCGGUUUUCAUCUGACCACCACAAAUCAAGGAGCAUCUGCUGCUGGGCCUGGAUUCAGCCUCAAGUUUUAAACUCAUUGAGAAGGGGGGAAAAAAAAAGAGAGCUAUUCACGUGAGUGGAUUUCUGAGUGCCCCAAUUCUGUUCUUCACGUCAGGGAAACUAGAUGGUUUUCACAUGGGUAAAGUCAAAUGUCGUCCCAGAUUCAAAGACUUUUGCUGGGUGUGGAGAAUGCUGCAUUCCAUUAGUGGACUGGAUUUAACAGGAGAAGCCAAGGGUUGUUAUGAAAUUUGACAGAGGAAAACUUGAAAUACAAUCCUCGAUCCCUUUUUUGUUUUUUUCCUUUUUUUUCUGUUGUUCUUGUUGUUUUCACCUUGUAAAUUUGUAGAAUUAAAAUACAUUUCUAAUUGUUUAACAGCGUGAAGGAUGUCAUUUCCUCUCAUGCAGCAAACAUGGAUGUUGGUGGCAUUAAGUCUUCUAGAGUGGAAACGUGAGGAUUUUUUUACUUCUUUUUUAAUUCCUCUUUCCUCCUCAAGUCCGUGCUGACAAUUAUUAUAGUUACUGCCAGGCCAGCAAAAGAAGCUUUCUUUUUAAGAGGUUCUUUGUGUCUGAGUGUUGCUGUUUGGUCAGGAAAUCAUAAUGUUUAAGCUGUUUCUCUCCUGUUGUGUACCUUGGAGAAAGCUAAGCUGGGCUGGGCUCAACACUCACUGAUGUUUUUGAGUGCACUACUGGUUUGAUGUGUUGUAUAAAUGUAUUUACAAUGGCGCUGGAGCAAAAAAAUGUACUAUAUUGUUUUAUAAAACAAAAAAAAAAUUAAUGUUGAA